UAGUAGUACAGUAGCAUCUUCUUCAGUAAAAGACGAGGAAUAAUUAGCGGGCACCAUUGGAUUCAACGAGUAGCAAUUUUGUUCCAGGCUGGAGCAAUCCGUGCGGGGCGGAUCCCGAAUCCGCAACCUGCGGUUGGAGUCUCUGCUACCUCCUGCCCCCGUGGGAAGCAUACUUGUCCACCUUUGUGAUGCAUUGAGCAAGAGCUAGGAAUUCUGUUGUAAUGGCCGAGUGCUCUUUGGCAACACUGAGAGGCCAGUAUCGAGGGGGAUGGAGCCGGUCCAGCGGUAAACUCUCCCCAAAAAACAUAUCAAUAAGGAUAUCUAAGAGGAACUGCAUUCACAACAUUCACCUUCCUCGUCUGCCAAAAUUCAAUUCAGCGGAAGAACGGAAAAGUGGCGCAUUUACCUCUUUUAAUUUUCACGGACAGAGUUACAAGCUGAGGACUGAAGUUAGAUGUUAUUUCUUUCAGUCGCUGAUGGGUUCGGAGAGUUUGAUCUCGCCGAACCUCAUGUUGCUUUCCGAUGAAGCGCUUCUUACUAUCAGCAUUAUUUUCGCCUAUUUGGCUGGAGUCACACCCUCUCGACCGACAGCUCCCCGCACCACAAGUCCCAGUGCUAACCAACCUCUUGCAGAACCAAUCUCCUCUGAUUCUGGUAGGAAUGUAGAACAGUUGCUUGACAAGACUACGGGGUUCGACCCCAACGAUACAUGGAGUGAAGUGAGAGCUAAACUUUCUGAAGCCUUAGAAGCAAAUGGUCAAGAUGCCAGUUUUGAUAGAAGAGAGGAUGGGCUCAGGAAUGAUAGGAAAAACUAUCCUUUGAGUAUGCUUGCAAUUCAUGGUGGUCCCAGGUUGCGGCUUCUUCUGAUCACAUUUCAACUUCUCGAAAUGGAGGCAAGAAAUAUAUCUGGAAGUUUUGAACUCUUAGAUGGGAUCAGGUGGUCGGAAGUGUCAAUUUGUUUAAUAGAUAGCUUGAUUGAACCAGCAUUUAUGAAAUGGAUUGAAGAUGAGCAAGCCUUGGAAAAGGGCAAGAUCGAUAAGGAGCUUAUGAUGGUGAUUAGUAGAAAAAUAAAGGAGGAUGAUGGGAUCUUAAAGAGAUUCACCAGAUUAGGGAAAGCUGAGCUCUAUUUGGAUCUUCUCUUUUUCAUAAGAUUCGGUUCUGCAAGGUCUGACAGCUACUUUGAUGCUAAAUUUUUGGCUCAAAAUGGAGCCAGAAUUUUGGAGGACCUGGUUAUUUUCUUAGCUGAUGUGAUUGCUAGUAUUUAUCUAGAGAUUAUGUCAGUUGAUGGCGACAUGCCUACUGAGGUUGUUGGCUCCAGCUUAGCUCUAUGCUCUCUAUCAACAAGACAACUUCAAAAGCAGCGUAACGAGGUGGCAAUUAAUGGGUGGCUGCACCAGUAUUUCGAGUCGGUUGUUUCAAUGUACGAGGACAGGUUUGAGUUAUAUGUUCUAAGCAGAAGAACAUGUGAUAACCCAGUGGAUAAUCAGUCGGAGCGAACUAAUUGGUUCAGGCUUGCAUUUCAAAAGCCUUCCGCAUCUAAUCCCAUGGAUUAUGUGUGCAUAAGCCCAUUUUCUCUUCCAGUGAGAAGGACGAAGGAGCUAAGAGCUUUGACUGGAUGGAGGUAUUACUACAGCCUGGUCUUGGAGUUAUCAGAUAUCGCAAUGCCUUUUGCAAGGGUGGUGGUCGCUAGGGUCAGCGCCGCUGUGUCCUACUUCUGGGUGUCCAUGAUUGGGAGAUCUCUGGGACUGAUUUUCUCUGGGAUAAGACAAUCGCUCGGCUGGAGAUGAGAUAGUGCUUCUUCAGUUUUCAUUCUGACUCCUCCAAGCUCUCUAUUCAGUUUUUUCAACUGUUAGGCUGUGCAUUCAAUCAACCUCUCAAAGAUGACCGUUGUCUUGCGUUUUUGUUGUAGAGUUUCAUUUGGGGUCAUGUGUAAGGAGAGUAUUCCAUUUGUUAUCAUCAUAACCUUGUCAGCUCAAAUACCAGUGUUGCUCAUUUUAAGGAGGAAUAUUCUCGA